GAGUGCCUCUUCUUCUCAGAAGGCUUCAUGAUGGAGCCCUUCUUGGGAACCUGGAAGCUGGUCUCCAGUGAAAACUUUGAGGAUUACAUGAAAGAGCUGGGAGUGGAUGCUGCAGCCCGACAUGCAGCGAGUUUAGUGAAGCCUAGUGUUAGCAUUGGUGUCAAUGGGGAAAUGGUAAACAUCCGGACAGAGAGUUCUUUCACCAACACUGACGUCUCCUUCAAGCUAGGGGAAGAAUUUGAUGAAACCACUGCAGACAACCGGAAAGUAAAGAGCAUCGUAACAUUAGACAGUGGGGUAAUGGUUCAGGUCCAAAAAUGGCUCGGCAAAGAGACAACAAUCAAAAGAAAAAUUGUAGAUGGAAAAAUGAUAGUGGAAUGUGCCAUGAAUAAUAUUGUCAGCACUAGGACCUAUGAGAAGGUGUAAAGAAAGGGUGUGUACCAGUGAGAACUUGUUCACCUGAAGGAGACUUGCUCCUAAAGAAAACAUGCCUCAAAGACAGUGAUUUUAAAAAUUCUCAGCAUCAAUUUGCUCAAUAAAAGCAUUAAACUAAA